GCAAAGCAAAAAAGGAAAAGAAGAAAAUGAAGGCUACGACCAAAAGUGCCCUGUUAAUGGGCUUCGGCGCGUUCGGAGUGCUGCUAGGAGGAAUCACGGUGAUCCUCUGGCCUGGAAUAUUUACGUCCUCUUUGAGGCGGAUGAUGGUCCUAACAAAUAGCUCAAUGUCGUAUGGAAUUUGGAAAGACCUACCAAUACCAAUGUACCUAGAGUGUCACUUGUUCAAUAUCACAAAUGUAGAAGAGUUGUUGGCGAACAAAUCAGCCAAAAUCAAAGUGGAGGAAUUGGGGCCCUAUGUGUAUAGAGAGGUACAUAAAAAGGUGAACAUAGUGUUCAACGACAACAACACAGUGACGUAUCAGAUGGAGCGGUUCUGGCACUUCGAGCCGGAGAUGUCAAACGGGUCGCUUUCUGAUCUCAUCACCUCGAUUAACCCUAUUGUACCGACGAUAGCGCACAUCGUCCGCUAUCAACGCGCCGCUAUCCGCUUGGCUGCGGACGUGUUCAUGCGGCUGUACCACGAGCACAUGUUCAUCACCGCUAACGCCUCUUCCUGGCUCUUCGACGGCAUUGACGAUCCGAUUCUCAAAACUGCCCACAAGAUACCUGACUUCCCUAUAUAUAUACCUUAUGAUAGGUUUGGGUGGUUCUAUGAGCGCAACGGCUCACAAACAUACGACGGGACCUUCGUAAUGAACACCGGAGCCGGAGAUUUUUCGCAACUCGGUAAUGUUGAAAAAUGGAGGUACUCGACCCGUUCCGUGUACAGAGGGGAGUGCGGGGCGGUGAAGGGUUCCGCUGGCGAGCUGUGGGCGCCGGAGCGCGGGCAGCCUGAGCUGACGAUCUUCGUGCCUGAUCUUUGCACGUGGAUAAAACUGAGCGAAGACAAGCCAAUGUCAUUGCUAAACAUCGAAGGCAUGCAGUUCGCCGCCAAUAAAUCCAUCUUCGAUAAUGGGUGGAACUAUCCGCAUACGGCUUGCUACUGUGACGAAGUCCGCGACAGGGACUGCCUGCCGCCGGGGGCGCUAAACAUGUCCGCCUGUCGAUUUAACUCCCCCGCCUUCGUCUCACUGCCUCACUUCUACCUUAGCGACCCCUACUAUCCUAGCAAGAUUGAAGGCCUCCAUCCUAAAGAAGACCACAAUUUCAAGUUGGCUCUAGAAAUGCUCACGGGUAUACCGCUCCAGGUCAGCGCGCAGCUACAGAUCAACUUCCUCGUCCGGCACAUACCUGCUAUAAAUUUAAACAACCAACUGCCGGACCCGGACAUGCUGGUACCCAUGUUUUGGUUCAGACAGGAGUUGGCCCUGACCGAAGAAUUCGCGCAGUCUGCGAGGCUCGCUCUCAGAGUGAAUAGAAUCGUGCCCAUCGUGCUGUAUGUGGUUACUGCAAUCGGCGGUCUUCUUCUACUAGUAGGUAUAACAAUUCUAGUAAAUAAACUUUUUAAAUCUCCCGAUACCGAGCCCAUUCUCUCAGAGUCCUCGGAAGAGUCGAAUCAGUGACAAUGCGGAUAUCGUGAUCGACCUGUGAUGGUAGGUAGCCGCUUCCAGGGUAAUUUACGCGAAAUAAUAUAUUGUUAAUUAAAAUGCUAAGGGUCGUAUAAGUUAUACUUGAGAGACGGUAAUAUCGCAACUUCACGACUAUUGUAACGAAAUCGAAGCGAUAUCGUUCGUUCCAUCUUAAAAAUAUUCCUUGUGUGAUAAUAUGGUAUAUAUAGUCCGUCAUUUUUGAAGACGGAGUGAAAUGAUUGAUCAUUAUGUAAACGUGUUACCUGCUUGCGAACAACUAGUGGUUGCUGUCGGUAAAUAUUCUAUCGACUAUCGACUGAAUAUAGGUCACGCUUAUGGCAUAAAUAGCCGAACUUGUUUCAUUUGAGUCAUCC